GUUGUCAAAGAGGAAAUUUCCGACGACAACGCCAAGUUACCCUGCUUCAACGGGAGAGUGGUGUCCUGGGUAAGUGAGAUGGAUGGCGCCCCCACGUCGUUUCCCCCCAUCCCGUAGCCCCCCCCCCCUCCCCAUUGCUCUCCUCUCUACCGCUCGCUGGCUCAGCGUGUAGAUACACAUACAGUUGAAGUAGGAAGUUUACAUACACUUAGGUUGGAGUCAUUAAAACUUGUUUUUGAACCACUCCACAAAUUUCUUGUUAACAAACUAUAGUUUUGGCAAGUCGGUUAGGACAUCUAAAGUGAGGGAAAAAAGUAUUUGAUCCCCUGCUGAUUUUGUACGUUUGCCCACUGACAAAGAAAUGAUCAGUCUAUAAUUUUAGUGGCAGGUUUAUUUGAACAGUGAGAGACAGAAUAACAACAACAAAAUCCAGAAAAAUGCAUGUCAAAAAUGUUAUAAAUUGAUUUGUAUUUUAAUGAGGGAAAUAAGUAUUUGACCCCUCUGCAAAACAUGACUUAGUACUUGGUGGCAAAACCCUUGUUGGCAAUCACAGAGGUCAGACGUUUCUUGUAGUUGGCCACCAGGUUUGCACACAUCUCAGGAGGGAUUUUGUCCCACUCCUCUUUGCAGAUCUUCUCCAAGUCAUUAAGGUUUUGAGGCUGACGUUUGGCAACUCGAAUCAUCAGCUCCCUCCACAGAUUUUCUAUGGGAUUAAGGUCUGGAGACUGGCUAGGCCACUCCAGGACCUUAAUGUGCUUCUUCUUGAGCCACUCCUUUGUUGCCUUGGCCGUGUGUUUUGGGUCAUUGUCAUGCUGGAAUACCCAUCCACAACCCAUUUUCAAUGCCCUGGCUGAGGGAAGGAGGUUCUCACCCAAGAUUUCACGGUACAUGGCCCCGUCCAUCGUCCCUUUGAUGCGAUGAAGUUGUCCUGUCCCCCAAAGCAUAAUGUUUCCACCUCCAUGUUUGACGGUGGGGACGGUGUUCUUGGGGUCAUAGGCAGCAUUCCUCCUCCUCCAAACACGGCGAGUUGAGUUGAUGCCAAAGAGCUCCAUUUUGGUCUCAUCUGACCACAACACUUUCACCCAGUUCUCCUCUGAAUCAUUCAGAUGUUCAUUGGCAAACUUCAGACGGGCAUGUAUAUGUGCUUUCUUGAGCAGGGGGACCUUGCGGGCACUGCAGGAUUUCAGUCCUUCACGGCGUAGUGUGUUACCAAUUGUUUUCUUGGUGACUAUGGUCCCAGCUGCCUUGAGAUCAUUGACAAGAUCCUCCUGUGUAGUUCUGGGCUGAUUCCUCACGGUUCUCAUCAUCACUGCAACUCCACGAGGUGAGAUCUUGCAUGGAGCCCCAGGCCAAGGGAGAUUGACAGUUAUUUUGUGUUUCUUCCAUUUGCGAAUAAUCGCACCAACUGUUGUCACCUUCUCACCAAGCUGCUUGGCGAUGGUCUUGUAGCCCAUUCCAGCCUUGUGUAGGUCUACAAUCUUGUCCCUGACAUCCUUGGAGAGCUCUUUGGUCUUGGCCAUGGUGGAGAGUUUGGAAUCUGAUUGAUUGAUUGCUUCUGUGGACAGGUGUCUUUUAUACAGGUAACAAACUGAGAUUAGGAGCACUCCCUUUAAGAGUGUGCUCCUAAUCUCAGCUCAUUACCUGAAUAAAAGACACCUGGGAGCCAGAAAUCUUUCUGAUUGAGAGGGGGUCAAAUACUUAUUUCUCUCAUUAAAAUGCAAAUCAAUUUAUAACAUUUUUGACAUGCGUUUUUCUGGAUGUUUUUGUUGUUAUUCUGUCUCUCACUGUUCAAAUAAACCUACCAUUAAAAUUAUAGACUGAUCAUUUCUUUGUCAGUGGGCAAACGUACAAAAUCAGCAGGGGAUCAAAUACUUUUUUCCCUCACUGUACUUUGUGCAUGACAUAAGUAAUUUUUCGAACAAUUGUUUACAGACAGAUUAUUUCACUUAUAAUUCACUGUAUCACAAUUCCAGUGGGUCAGAAGUUUACAUACACUAAGUUGACUGUGCCUUUAAACAGCUUGGGAAAUUGAAAAUGAUGUCAUGGCUUUAGAAGCUUCUGAUAGGCUAAUUGACAUCAUUUGAGUCAGUUGGAGGUGUACCUGUGGAUGUAUUUCAAGGCCUACCUUCAAACGCAGUGCCUCUUUUCUUGACAUCAUGGGAAAAUGAAAAGAAAUCAGCCAAGACCUCAGAAAGUAAAACCUCCACAAGUCUGGUUCAUCCUUGGGAGCAAUUUCCAAAUGCCUGAAGGUACCACGUUUAUCUGUACAAACAAUAGUACGCAAGUAUAAACACCAUGGGACCAUGCAGCCGUCAUACCACUCAGGAAGGAGACGCGUUCUGUCUCCUAGAGAUGAACGUACUUUGGUGCGAAAAGUGCAAAUCAAUCCCAGAACAACAGCAAAGGACCUUGUGAAGAUGCUGGAGGAAAUAGGUACAAAAGUAUCUAUAUCACAGUAAAAUGAGUCCUAUAUCGACAUAACCUGAAAGGCCGCUCAGCAAGGAAGAAGCCACUGCUCCAAAACCGCCAUAAAAAAGCCAGACUACGGUUUGCAAUUGCACAUGGGGACAAAGAUCGUACUUUUUGGAGAACAGUCCUCUGGUCUGAUGAAACAAAAAUAGAUCUGUUUGGCCAUGAUGACCAUUGUUAUGUUUGGAGGAAAAAGGGGGUUGCUUGCAAGGUGAAGAACACCAUCCCAACCAUGAAGCACGGGGGUGGCAGCAUCAUGCUUUGGGGGUGCUUUGCUGCAGGAGGGACUGGUGCACUUCACAAAAUAGAUGGCAUCAUGAGGAAGGAAAAUUAUGUGGAUAUAUUGAAGCAACAUCUCAAGACAUCAGUCAGGAAGUUAAAGCUUGGUCGCAAAUGGGUCUUCCAAAUGGACAAUGACCCCAAGCAUACUUCCAAAGUUGUGGCAAAAUGGCUUAAGGACAACAAAGUCAAGGUAUUGGAGUGGCCAUCACAAAGCCCUGACCUCAAUCCUAUAGAAAAUGUGUGGGCAGAACUGAAAAAGCGUGUGCGAGCAAGGAGGCCUACAAACCUGACUCAGUUACACCAGCAAUAUCUGGAGGAAUGGGCCAAAAUUCACCCAACGUAUUGUGGGAAGCUUGUGGAAGGCUACCCGAAACAUUUGACCCAAGUUAAACAAUUUAAAGGCAAUGCUACCAAAUAUUAAUUGAGUGUAUGUAAACUUCUGACCAACUGAGAAUGUGAUGAAAGAAAUAAAAGCUUAAAUAAAUCAUUCUCUCUGCUAUUAUUCUGACAUUUCACAUUCUUAAAAUAAAGUGGUGAUCCUAACUGACCUAAAACAGGGAAUUCUUACAGGAUUAAAUGUCAGGAAUUGUGAAAAACUGAGUUUAAGUGUAUUUGGCUAAGGUGUAUGUAAACCUCCGACUUCAACUGUACGUGUAGCGUAACGUCUCAUAUCGUGUAUCUAGAGAUCACACUGUCACGCCUCCACGGUGCAACACUCAAGACUCUACAGCUUCUAUGCUAAGUGCCUUAUACAGGUGUGAUCUCAGCCAAUGGGAGAUGAACCAAGGAGUGGUUCCACAACGACAUUACACUGACCAGGCUUAACAGUUUUACUAGCAAUAUCAUACAGUAUCGACAAAUAAGGACAGUUAACAAUGAUUUACAUCUUAUCACAAGGCUAACAUAGGCCUACAUAAUGAUACCAUACACAGGUUAGUUUGGUAUAGUUGUACAUGGUGCUAGGAGCAGUGAUGCAUUACAUUAUCAUGACAGGCUGUUUUACAUACAAUUCCUGUGUGUUAUAUCUCAAUGACAUGCUUUGAUGAGAGAAUACUUCCAUACUGUCAAACAAGAGAGUGAUUUACUGUAUCACCAUCAGGAAACAAAGUCAACUGUAACUUAGCACAAUGGUAAAACAAGAAGAGUAUGGUAAGAGUGGUCAAAAACAAUUGUGAGACUUUUUUUUUAAGAAAUAGGAUUGUUGGACAAUCCUAAAACGUAACAGGUAGAUGAAAAGUCAAGUAUUGCACAUGUCUAAUAGAGAUUUUUAUAAAAAUGCUGUAUUUUACAUGAGGUUUUCCCAGUGUCUUAAUCAUGUCCCAUGUUCCAGGGUUAUUAGAUUCUCCCUCUGGCGUGUUCCUUUAACACUCUUUAUUAUGGUUCAGAUGAAAGCGGAGCAGCUGUAUCUAUGGGCCAUUUUACACCCACACACGGUCACCAGAGUGAAAGCAAUGUGCGCUGUGACGUGCCCUUUGUUUCCCAAGUUAUUUUUGCAUAGCCGCCAGUUAUUCCUCAGGACCCUUCAAUGCAUCUAAUUUAAUGCAUCUAGUUUCAGCGUAAUUUGUCAACGUAUUGUGACGUGGAAUCUACGUGGAAAAUACAUUGGAUUUGCAAAAUGUCAUCAACAUAAACUGUUGUUUUAAGGGUGAAAUCUCAACCAUAGGAUUAUGUCAUCAUGGUAACCAAUUUUCAACUUAGACAAACCUUGUAUAAAAUAUGUUGAAUUUUUACCUUUGAAUCAAUGUCAGAUUUUCAAGUUGUAUCCACUAUCAGAAAAUAAACUAUAGGUUGGGCAGCAUCUUCAUUUGGUCUCCCAUCCAGGGUAAGUCAAAGUUAAAAAAUAUGACUAAAUUAAAUCAAACUUUAUUUAAAGUGCAUUUAAAGUUUGAUUUGAUUUUGCCCUAUUCUUUAACUUAGAUUUUUGGUUGAGAUGGAGAUAUGAAUCCAACAUAGUUAUUAUUGAAAUUAACCAAAGCUUGAAACCCCUAGGCGUGUAUGUACAGUGAGGGAAAAAGGUAUCUGAUCCCCUGCUGUUUUUGUACGUUUGCCCACUGACAAAGAAAGGAUCAGUCUAUAAUUUUAAUGGUAGGUUUAUUUGAGCAGUGAGAGACAGAAUAACAACAAAAAAAUCCAGAAAAACGCAUGUCAAAAAUGUUAUAAAUUGAUUUGCAUUUUAAUGAGAGAAAUAAGUAUUUGACCCCCUCUCAAUCAGAAAGAUUUCUGGCUCCCAGGUGUCUUUUAUACAGGUAACGAGCUGAGAUUAGGAGCACACUCUUAAAGGGAGUGCUCCUAAUCUCAGUUUGUUACCUGUAUAAAAGCCACCUGUCCACAGAAGCAGUCAAUCAAUCAGAUUCCAAACUCUCCACCAUGGCCAAGACCAAAGAGCUCUCCAAGGAUGUCAGGGACAAGAUUGUAGACCUACACAAGGCAGGAAUGGGCUACAAGACCAUCGCCAAGCAGCUUGGUGAGAAGGUGACAACAGUUGGUGCGAUUAUUCGCAAAUGGAAGAAACACAAAAUAACUGUCAAUCUCCCUCGGCCUGGGGCUCCAUGCAAGAUCUCACCUCGUGGAGUUGCAAUGAUCAUGAGAACGGUGAGGAAUCAGCCCAGAACUACACGGGAGGAUCUUGUCAAUGAUCUCAAGGCAGCUGGGACCAUAGUCACCAAGAAAACAAUUGGUAACACACUACGCCGUGAAGGACUGAAAUCCUGCAGCGCCCGCAAGGUCCCCCUGCUCAAGAAAGCACAUAUACAUGCCCGUCUGAAGUUUGCCAAUGAACAUCUGAAUGAUUCAGAGGAGAACUGGGUGAAAGUGUUGUGGUCAGAUGAGACCAAAAUGGAGCUCUUUGGCAUCAACUCAACUCGCCGUGUUUGGAGGAGGAGGAAUGCUGCCUAUGACCCCAAGAACACCGUCCCCACCGUCAAACAUGGAGGUGGAAAUAUUAUACUUUGGGGGUGUUUUUCUGCUAAGGGGACAGGACCCCUUCACCACAUCAAAGGGACGAUGGACUGGGCCAUGUACCGUCAAAUCUUGGGUGAGAACCUCCUUCCCUCAGCCAGGGCAUUGAAAAUGGGUCGUGGAUGGGUAUUCCAGCAUGACAAUGACCCAAAACACACGGCCAAGGCAACAAAGGAGUGGCUCAAGAAGAGGCACAUUAAGGUCCUGGAGUGGCCUAGCCAGUCUCCAGACCUUAAUCCCAUAGAAAAUCUGUGGAGGGAGUUGAUGGUUCGAGUUGCCAAACGUCAGCUUCGAAACCUUAAUGACUUGGAGAAGAUCUGCAAAGAGGAGUGGGACAAAAUCCCUCCUGAGAUGUGUGCAAACCUGGUGGCCAACUACAAGAAACGUCUGACCUCUGUGAUUGCCAACAAGGGUUUUGCCACCAAGUACUAAGUCAUGUUUUGCAGAGGGGUCAAAUACUUAUUUCCCUCAUUAAAAUGCAAAUCAAUUUAUAAUUAGUUUUUGUUGUUAUUCUGUCUCUCACUGUUCAAAUAAACCUACCAUUUAAAUUAUAGACUGAUAAUUUCUUUGUCAGUGGGCAAACGUACAAAAUCAGCAGGGGAUCAAAUACUUUUUUCCCUCACUGUAUUGUCUAUUAUUAGUUGAAUCCUGGGCUGAAUUGAAACAAUAGCUGUGGAUGACUUCACAAAUGUUAUAUUGGCCAAAAUAGUAUCAUUGAUUAUAUUUGACUUAUAAAGCAUGGCUAUAUUUCAUUUGCUCUGUUAAACCUACCAUUUGGAAUAACUUUGAUAGCUGCAGUGAAUCUAUUUAGUUAGUAAGUGGAGAUCUCGCAAUAAUCAUUCUCAAGAUAGCACGUUGGUAGUAGUCAGUGACAAAUAUCAAAUCAAAUCCAACAUAUCAAUUAUUAAUUUGUAGACAAACUGGAUAUUGAAUUGUGUUUGGAUGUUAACACCACCAAAUAUCAACAUUUGAAGGAGAUGUACCGUAUCUUCUGCUUGGAUAGUUCCAUCUUUGCCACUGACUUACAGUAGUCUGGCUUUAAUUCCAGUUUGUCUACAAAUGAAUAAUUCAUAUGUUGGAUUCACGUCUCCAUCUCAACCAAAAAUAUUAGUUAAAGAAUAUGACAAAAUCAAAUCAAAGCAAAUUUUAAAUGCACUUGAAAUACAUUUUGAUUUGAUUUAGUCCUAUUCUUUAACUUAGAUUUUUGGUUGAGAUGGAGAUGUGAAUCCAACAUAUCAAUUAUUAAUUUGUAGACAAACUGGACUAAGUCAGUGCGCAGACGAUACUCCUUGAUAUCUUAAUAUUUGGUUCUGUUGACAACCAAACACAAUUCAAUAUCACUUUUGCAAUACAGAAUUAAUACCCUAUUAACAGCCUAUUAACUUGUCGACAAGUUAAUAAAUUAUAUGUUGUAUUCACGUCUCCAACUAAACCAAAAAUAAAAGUGUAUAUUUUGUAUUAUUUAAUUUGUAUUCACAUCAAAUACAAACAUACACAUUAUGAACAACAUCUUACAGACUCACAACGACUCUCCAUAUUUUUCCAUUGGAUUGUGGUUGUGCUUUUAGAUGGUUGCAGGCAUAGUGAUAACACAUUGACAAUUCAAAAAAACGUAUUGCUGUCUCAACCAAAUAUUACCCAAUUAUCCAUGUUGAAAUGACAUGGUGUGCCCAGUAGGGUAUCUCUCUCUUAUGUCUCUCAGAUAACUCUCUUAACUAUGUCUGUUUGUGUGGAUCUGUUUCUGUGCCUGGAUCUGUCUCUGUGCCUGGAUCUGUUUCUGUGCCUGGAUCUGCCUCUGCAUGUCUUUUCUAUAUUUCUAUGUCUGUUUUUGUGACUGAAUAUGUCUGUUCUGUACCCCUUUCUCAAACCUCGAUUUCCAGCUUUCAAUACAAGACUUGGGAACUAUAGCAACGCAUGAAUGAUAUUUUUCAGUCUGUCUCCUUUUCUGUGCAUCUCUAUGUCCAAAUUGGUCUCUGGUAUUCUGUCUCUGACUCACAAUCUCUCUCUCUCUCUCUCUCUCUCUCUCUCUCUCUCUCUCUCUCUCUCUCUCUCUCUCUCUCUCUCUCUCUCUCUCGCUCUCUCUCUCUCUCUCUCUCUCUCUGUCUCUGUCUCUGUCUCUGUCUCUGCAGCUGGUCCUGGCAGAGAGCUCCCACUCUGAUGGGGGGUCCCAGUGUACAGAGAGCCACCCAGAGCUGCCACCCCCCCUGGAGAGGACAGGGGGCAUCGGUGACUCCCGGCCACCCUCCUUCCAGUGAGUACACUGCUCUGGCUGCAUAUGUAUCCUACUGCACAUAAACACCAUGCGCACAUCAUUACACACCCAAGUACACACAAACAUGCACACACACACCAUGUGACCUUUCUAAUUCACCACAAGCCAUAUGCUAAUCAGAAUCUGGAGAGCUCAUCACAGAGAUUCAACCCACACGGGGGCCGAGCCGAGCGCAUAUGGGAGGUGGAGGUGUGUGUGUGUUUGUGGGUUCUUCUGUGUGUGUAGGUGUGUAUGUGUGCCAGGGUUCAUGCUAGCUAACUCUCACUUACUGCUCACCAAUGAAGUGACUGCCCACCCAUCUGUGCGGUAACACGGUAGUUUGCUUAUCUAUGUAGCUAGCUAAGCGUCCUCAUGAAGAAUACGCACCCUGAGCGACUCCAGAAAUAGCUAUGAUAGGGUAAACAUCUUCAGGGAGAGACUGCUGCUAUUCAAUGCCUCCCAUUGUGUAGAGCCACUAAAAGCACCCAUCCAGAGCCAUACUGCAGGUCAUUGUCAAUAAAGAGAUAUGAGGCCAGACAAUGUGUGGUGUUGUUACAUAGCUGGGUUAAACGUUUAGAAGCCAGACCCUGCUUCUCAAAGCUUGUUUGACCCCAAUGCAAGCACUAGACUUUGACUUCAAACAGACUGAUGACAGAUUCUCACUGCACUUGUUAAAGGAAGCCCCCAAAGCUAAAUUUAGCAUGACAGGCUGUGGGCCCGUAGGCUGGGGCUGUUGCCAUUAUAGUACAGCAGUGUUUUAGCUACUGCAGGGGUCUGUAUUGAGAGCAUGCAAUCUGUCAUGUUCCAGUAUCUCUUUAUCCACUGUUUGACAUCGUGGCUCUUUCUUGUCCUCUGCUGGCUGCAGCUCCCUGCUGCUUGGCUGUCAGCCUGCCUGAUGAUUGUAUUGUUCUGGCCUCCGCUCUUCCUGCUGCCACCUUGUGGUCAAACAUAGACAUGUCUGUCGUCAGCUCCCUCACCACCACAUGGUUGUCACUGGUGGUAAAGGGAUAGAGAGAGAGAGAGAUAGGAUAGAGAGAUAUAUACGAGAGAGAGAAGAGACGAGAGAUGGAGAGAUUGAAGUAAGAUCGAUCUAUAGAGAGAGCAUUAGUUUUUUAGAGAGAAGGUAGUAGCGAGAGAGCGAUAGAGCGACGAGAGAGAGAGGAUUGAGAGAGAAGGCAAGAGAGGGUUGCGAGAGGACAGAGAGCGAAAAAGAGAGCAACAUAAGAGAAGAAGAGAGGGAGAGAGAAGAGAGGACGAGACCAAGAGCGAGAGACGAAAAGCCGCGAGAACAGCGAGAAAGAGGAGAAGAGAACAAACACCCCCGCGAGACCGAGCUAGAUAACUCUAGUCGAGAGCUCUGCGAGAGAGAGAGAGAGAGGAGCGGAGGGUAAGAGAGCUCUCUACGAGGAUCUUCUCUCGUCUCUCUCUCUCUCUCUCUCGUCGCUCUCUCAUCUCUCUCUCUAUGCUCUAGACCUCUCUCUCUCUACCCUCUCUCCUCUCUCUCUACCUCUCUCUCUCUACCUCUCUCUCUCGCUACCUCUCUCUCUACCUCUCCCUCUCUUGCAGCCAGCCAGACAGGCAGUCAUUUUUCUCUGGUCAUUAGUAGGCUUUUGGUGAAUUCCCCAUAGUGAGCUUCUGUCAUUCUCUUCACCUCAGCCUCAUUCUGGAAAUAGCCAGUAUUUGGGCUGAGUGUGGUGCAGAGCGGGCAGAAUUGAUGUGCUUCUGCCUGGUAAAUCCUGAUUAGCAGACAGGCAUUAAAAGCACCCAUCUUUGUCUCCCAACCUAGUCCCCCUCCCUUGGUAAUCUCACACAGGAUCAGCCAACACAGGCGAUCAGCCUACCCCCUGCCAGGUGUCUCUUACCCUGCUGCCCUGAGGCUAAAGCCUCUCACCCCCUCUGAUAGAAUAACAUGCCCUCCAGCAUAUCCCAUCUAGCCCUGUACAUGUCUCAGCUCAGCCCACACCUGCUCUACCCGUCCACCAUACACACACACACACACACCACCCGGCCACAGGCACCAUCUGGGCUUUCAGUGGCCCUCCUCAUUAGUAUCAAGCAGCUCUGGACAGAACGCAUCCAUCUCCUCUCAGGGUAUCUGGUCAUUAAUGACACUUAGUGAAACACACAUCACAUACCACACACACAAUAAGACAUAUCUCAGGCUAGGGGGACUGAAUCUGAAACAGUGUCAUCAUUUGAGAUGAAUCCCUGUGAGGUUCUCCUGACUGUGUACAGAUCAUGCCAGACAGAAGUGCGUUGUACUUAUUGAACUGAGGACAAUGCAAGAGAUUUGGAGACAUGGUAUGCAAUUAUGAAGGUAUUUUGUGUGUGUUUCAUUGUGGAUCUAAAUAAACUGUUUAAAUGUGUGUAUUUCAGUGCCAACGCAGUAAGCAGUCGGGAUGGCCUGGACACGGAGACGGGUACAGAGUCCCUCCUGAGCCACCGUAGGGAGAGGGAGAGAGAACGCGCACGGAGGAGAGCACGAGAGACUGAAAGUGAGGAACAAUACACACAUUAUUGGGAGAACUACCUAAGUACAGUACACAAAUCACAACAUUAUUACACAUCAUUGUAUCAAUAUACCACUCUGCUGACAUUGUUCACUCAUAUCCCGAAUGGGUGGACAGUAAACAAUGUCUAAGACAAAUCAGAGGGUUCACAGAGUGUAGAAUUGUGUGAGAACAAUAAAAACAUAGAUCUUUUGGUGGCAGGUAAGUGGAAUACAUUGACCAAGAUUGCUUGUGGCGCUGUCUGUCUUUCCCAACAACAUAUCUUGUGUUACCUACAGUACCAGUCAAAAGUUUGGACACACCUACUCAUUCAAGGGUUUUUCUUUAUUUUUACUAUUUUCUACAUUGUAGAAUAAUAGUAAAGACAUCAAAACUAUGAAAUAACACAUAUGGAAUCAUGUAGUAACCAAAGAAGUGUUAAACAAAUCAAAAUAUAUUUUAUAUUUGAGUCACCCUUUGCCUUGAUGACAGCUUUGCACACUCUUGGCAUUCUCUCAACCAGCUUCAUGAGGAAUGCUUUUCCAACAGUCGUGAUGGAAACAAUUUUUUAAAUGCAGACAGAUCAUUUGUUCAUUUGACAUGAUGGGAUCUUUUUGUGUCUGUAAAAUUAAUUAGGUGCGAAAUGGUGGUGGAAAUGUCUUUAUGCACAAAUAUUGAUAUAAUAACCAUCAUAUCGAAGUAAACUUGGAGUCACGCGAUGACAUGUUGUGUGGUCCUCCCACUACGACUUGGGAAACCAUGCAGUUUUUUAGGUUACAGAUGAAAUAAAUUAUUAUGAAACUUCACAGGGUGGUGAAAGUGCACGGAAUGAGCUUGAUGGUCCUUUCCAAUAAAUAUGGAGGGUCUUAUUCUGGUGACAUGAUGAUCGAUGCUUGACUGCUGUUUGACAAAUACAAAUAUUCUUCGCUCUUAUCCAUAAUAAUCUCAUCAUGUAGACUAACCUACUCACACAGCCUACCCACACAGCCUACCCACACAGCCUACCCACACAGCCUACCCACACAGCCUACUCACACAACCUACCCACACAGCCUACCCACACAGCCUACCCACACAGCCUACCCACACAGCCUACCCACACAGCCUACUCACACAACCUACCCACACAGCCAACUCACACAGCCUACUCACACAGCCUACCCACACAGCCUACUCACACAGCCUACCCACACAGCCUACCCACACAGCCUACUCACACAGCCUACUCACACAGCCUACCCACACAGCCUACUCACACAGCCUACCCACACAGCCUACUCACACAGCCUACCCACACAGCCUACCCACACAGCCUACUCACACAGCCUACCCACACAGCCUACUCACACAGCCUACCCACACAGCCUACCCACACAGCCUACCCACACAGCCUACUCACACAGCCUACCCACACAGCCUACCCACACAGCCUACUCACACAGCCUACCCACACAGCCUACCCACACUGUAUCUGCCAGCUGUUAGGUAGAGCACAUGUGCCAAGACCAGAGUAGGCACAUUUGCUAUUUAACGCAACAGUUUUUGUGACAAAGCUAUCGGUAGAGUUGAAAAUGUGAUGGAAACACAACUUAAGCGAAAAAGUACAUUUUGUGUGCACUACUCCACAACAACUCUGUUUGGUGGAAACACCACUGUUGGGAAAUGCUCAUAUUUUUUAAAUGCGGAUUUUAGAAUAUUCACAUGAAAAUGUGUCGCCACUUGGAUGGAAACCUAGCUACAGUCAUGGAAUUUUUUUGGCACGGAGCUCAGUGGAGAGGAGGAAGGCUUCCUCUCUCUAUCCUCCUUCAGGGACAUUCCUCUCAUCACACCAUUCUAUUGUCCAGAGAGUAACUAAGCACAUGACAUAUCUACUCUCUUUCUAGACUCACAAUGAAUUUUAGCAGUGUAGCGCUUUGAGAAAUACAGGUGUGUUUAGCAGCAAAGAGUGAAAAAACAGUGACCAGAUUUAAGAUGGCACUUUGGACAAUUGGUAUAUUAUGAGCAAGCCUGAUUCUUCCAAUGAUAAAAGUCACUCAAUCUCACUCAACCCUUAUUCCUGUUUAAACACUACUCCUGGAUCUGGUUCAACAGUGUGAUGAUAUUGGGGUCUAUAUUUUCCAUUCAACAUAAGGUGAAGGCUUUCUCUCUACUGCAAAGCGUCAGCUUCCAGUCCCUGCUGUCCCUCUGUUUCUCCUCUAUCCAUGCCCAGAGACAGUCCUUUAUCUCAUCACUCCAUCUCUUCCUCCACAGAUCUGCUGUUCACAGCAAGCCUGGCUGUGUGGAUCCUGCAGCUCCAGGCUCAUUAACCAAAUAGUCAUUAAUUUAUGUGGCUUAAUUAGGAGGAGCAGGAUAAAGCAUCAGGCUGGUUGGUGCUGUAGAGAAGAGAGAGUUGUAAUGUGUGUGUCAUACAGGAGCAUCUGUGUGUGUUUGUGUAUGUGUGUGUGUACCUGUUGUCCUACAGGGAGACAAACUACAGAACUGGAAUCAUGUAACCUAUCUCUUCUCUCACUACAGCCUUUGUUUUUAUAGUCACUCUCUUAAAUUUGUAUUUGAUAAACAGAAAAUAUGGCUGUGUGUCAUGUACCUAUGCCCUUCUCUAGAAAUAGCAGCUGGUAGUAGCCCCUAUGUUGAAGGAGUAAUAAUCUCUCUCUCUCCCUCUCUCUCUCUCUCUCUCUCUCUCUCUCUCUCUCUCUCUCUCUCUCUCUCUCUCUCUCUCUCUCUCUCUCUCUCUCUCUCUCUCUCUCUCUUCUCUCUCUUCUCUCUUCUCUCUUCUCUCUUCUCUCUCACCCCUCCCUCCCCUCCCGCCCCUCCCUACAUCUGGUUUCCAGCCAGCCUGCCUGCUAGUUAGUUAGUGCUAAUUAAAUGAGUGUCAGGGAACAGGGCAUGUCCCUCUUGGUGAACACACUGCUUCAUGGCUCAUAAAAGCUGCCCUACACUGCUCAAUAUAAUCCAAUUCAAUUAGGCUUUAUUUGUUUAGGGCUCUUUAUACAAUGUCAUGGUUGCCACUCUAUCUGUGUCCUUGACUUAAAGACCCAGGCCCAUGCAGCAACGUGUAACGUUAUCCUGCCUGGCCCUGCAGCGGUAGAAUAGCAGGAAUUCCCCUCUUUCAUUAAGUGCCACUGUGUGAAUUCAGUGAGCAGAGCAGGGUGAAUCAAAGUGUUUUAACAGAGGUAAACAUAUCCCUUGUUCUCUCGUUUCUGGCUGUAGGUAUGUGAGAAUGAAUAGAUGAAUAAUGCAGUGUUUGACAGGUAGAGGAGUGGACAUAGCUAUAGGGCCCGCAGGAUACUGUGGAGGUAUGUGAGAGGAUCUGUACAGGCAUUUUAGCUCUGCUACCUGCACUGGGAGAGGAGGGGGGUAGGAGGUGAACUGACAUCCCUGACUGUCUGCCUGGCUAUAUCACGCUAUGGCUUUGGCAGGACUAUUUUCACAACUACAAUAAGUGUAUUGAUUAUGGAAUAGUCUUACUAUUCACUGUAUAAUAGGCUAAUCAAAAUGUAGCCAACAUUAAUGCAGUAUAUUUCUGUUCAAUAAAAAAGUAAUGGAGGUCAAAUGAUAAAUUCCUAUAUUUUGUACAUAUUUGGAACCUAGUGUUUUGCAACAUUUUUCGUUUAAACAGUAGCUAUUAUGGGAAGUGCAUCGUGAUGAAGGCUUUGGCGUUAAUGACCUGAUAGCACAAUCACCUGUGGCGGUCAGAGAUAUGCAUGUGCAUAAUAUCAAUUCUCAUCACUUGCUGGGCUCUCUCUAAACGCUGUGGAAUGCAUUUCUCUGGUAGGUCAAAGAGGGAUUAUCAGACAUUCUAUAGUCGCGCGCCAUGGGAUGGGAGUGCGGGGUAAUAUUUUUGCGCGCUCCCAAUUUCUUCAGUGUCUCAGUGCGUCGCGAGAGAGCACUGUCUCUCUGAUCUGACUCCCGCGGUUGAGGUAAGACAAUUGAAUUUGCUAAUGGAAUCGCUGUAUAGGGUAGUUUGUAGUCCACUGGCAGUUAAAUUAUAGAUACAUGUGAUGUAAUUAAAUAAUAGCAUUUGUUUUAUUUUAGGUUAAUGCAGGUUAUUGUGAGUCUAACCUAUUCAGCAAUAAAUUGAAAGGCCAUUUUAUAUUUUGCAAUACUGGUAAAGAAAUGCAUUCUACUAGAUAUGGCUGAACGUGAAAGGAACUAUUGUCUUUCAGCUGCAGAAAAAAUAUAUAGAUGGGCUACUGUUUAUGCUUAAGAAAGCGUUUUUUCCUGCCUGUUGUAGACUACCUUCGAUUGAAGAGGUCGCCAAUUCUAUUCAUGGGAGAAGUGAAUGUAUUUUUGGAGAACCUAAUAUAUUCGUUUUCUCUAGUUAUAGCCUACUUAAUCACCUUAUCAUACCAUAGGCUAAUACCUUAGUUUUAGCUGACAUAUGACAUUCCCAUCCCUCAUGAUAAUUACUUUAAGGCUCAAAAAGAAUAAUGAAAUUGGAAUCCAAAUCCAAUCUGACUAAUGGAGGAUAAAAGGCAGCUUUGGCACUAAAGGAGUUAUAGUUCACAGCACAAUGUCCCCAAACAGAAUAUGUUUUUAUUAUUGUUUGUCAAGUAUUGUAGCAGAUAAAUCAGGUGUAGGCCUACCACAAUGCCCAGGACUGUAAGAAUUUGAAUAAGUCAAUAUACCUUGCUGUGAGACACCUGAGAAAAACAGAGAAAAUAUUAUAUUGAGAGAUUGUGUUAUCGCUCCUCAAUUCACAGUACCAUUCUCCACAUUUACUCUUUUCUUUUGGUCUUUUUUCACUGCCUUCGUUGUAGAUAAGGACUGGAGUCUGACUGCCAGCAGCCUGUCAUUGGGCAGAGACCCUGGUCCCGCUCAAAGGGGUUGAGAGAGAGAAGCACAGGGACGGACCACUACACAGACACCAGGCAGUCUGAGUUUUGCACCUGAGACAAAACUCUGCUGUUUAGUUGUGUUUGUGUGUGUGUGUGGUUACGUAUCCUGGGAGGAAGAGGAUUGUACAGCUCUUUUGAGAGUCAGAGUGUAUGUGUGUGCACCCUUUGGGCUCAGUCAGUAAUGGGCACCACCACACUGUUGGAAUGUUUUGGUCGCUCGCGGAGAACGAAGGGUCAGUCACGCCCUCGGCGCUUUGCCAGAGCCUUCCAGCCAAUCCGCUGUCACCCUGCUGAGACAGGACUCCACCCCUGCCACUGUACGUAUGUAUGGGUGUGGUGGAGAGGUGUUAGGAAUUUGGGACACAGAUGUUAUUGUUUUGGUUGAUCACUGUCUCUUAUUAAACAUGAAUAAAACAUAAUUUCACUAUACACUGACUGCACAAUUCAAAAUUGUCAUUCUGUAAGUCCAUUCAGUGAAAAUGUGUUUGUCAUAAAAAACGUCAUACAGGUACUUUGCCAUGUUUAUAAGAGAACUUCCCUCUGUGAUAGUGAAUCCUCUGUGUAAUAGUGAAUCAGUAGUAAAAGGCCUCCUUGGCCCAAUUUAAAUGUUACGUUUUAGCAGACACUCUUAUCCAGAGUGACUUAAGGGAGCAAUUAGAGUGCCUUGCUCAAGGGCACAUCCACAGAGUUUUCACAUUGUCGGCUCAGGGAUUUGAACCAGCGACCUUCUGGUUAUUGGCCCAACGCUCUUAACUGCUAGGCUACCUGCCGCCUCAAUUUGUUUCUGAUAUCCUCUUGGGUUGAUGAUAUUUCAAGCUUUUUCAGAAGCCAAGUGCACUGGUUGGUAAUCCCUCGCCUCUUUCUCUUUCUCUGGUGCUUUCUACACUGGCCUUUCACCUCUUCUAAAUCCCUGUCUUGAUUUCCCAUUAGAUGUCCUGAUCCUAUCCUUAAUACUAACAUUUCCUCUUGGUGGUUUCCUAUAACGUUUGGGAAAUGUUUCUCUCAGUUUUUAUAUCAUCUCUCCAACUCAUUCAGCUCUGAGUUAUGUCAUGAUGUGAACUUGUAUCAAAGUGUUGAUAUCUGACCUGCUGUUGUUGUUGUGUGGUUCUCUCCUCCCCAGUCCCUCGAAUCAAUGGCCACUCUAAGUCGGAGCGCACAGCGAGGGACUCUGCCAUGGGCUGUGACAGCGCCUCAGUGAUGAGCAGUGAACUGGAGUCCAGCUCCUUCAUCGACAGUGAGGAGGAUGAUGACGGCAGCAGGUAGAUGGUCUUUCUCUCUCUCCCUCUCUCUCUGUCUUUUCUCUCAUUUCCCUCUUUUCAUCAGUGGUUCUUUACUGAAAUCAACAAAUCACCCCUCUUUUCCUGCCCUGCGGCUGACCCUGUGCUGCUCCCCAGUCGUGUAUGUUGUGUGGUGGGGCUGGGUACUGUGACAGCAAAAGUCACCAAAUUUCCAUUGUCUCUGUAUAAUGGACUAAUAAAGAUGACAUUGUAUUGUAUUGUAUCUCAGACUCAGCAGCUCCACAGAGCAGAGCUCAUCCUCUCAGCUAAUGCGCAGACACAAACGCCGCAGACGGAGGCACAAAGUGGCCAAAAUAGACCGGGUGAGCUCACCUUGAACACUGGACUGUUGCACAUACGUGUGUGAGUGAGAAAGGGAACAGGAAUGGUUAUGUGAGUAUGUGCCUGACACACUAAGUUUCUCCCUCUCUCUUUUCCAGUCUUCGUCCUUCAGCAGCAUCACAGAUUCCACUAUGAGCCUCAACAUCAUCACUGUCACACUCAACAUGGGUAAGGACCUCCCCUUUUUGUCUCAUUUCCUUUCAUGUAUGCCUUUCUUUAUAACACUCUUUCUUUGUAUACAACUAUUUUUGAUACAAAUAUCAUCAGUGUACUCGGUCUUUAAACACCAUAUAGUAUUUAGGCUACAUGAGACUUUGAACUGACAUCCUCUCUCCCCUCUCUCUUACAGAGAAGUAUAACUUCCUGGGUAUCAGUAUUGUGGGGCAGAGUAACGACCGGGGGGAUGGGGGGAUCUACAUCGGCUCCAUCAUGAAGGGAGGAGCUGUAGCUGCAGACGGAAGGAUAGAACCUGGAGACAUGCUCCUACAGGUACAUUACACUACAAAUUAGCCUUACAUUCAUUUUCUAUGAAGUAUUAUAAGCUAAAAGUACAUUAUUGUGAAUUAUUUUUUGGGUUCUAUUUUUAUGGUUCGUUGAGGGAAAGCAAAUGUGCACACAUCUGUUUCAGAUGUCCAGUGAGCAAAUUGCUUUGUGAUUAUUAUAGCAUUGCCAGUGAUGAUCGGAUACUGUGUGUUUCAAACAAUGUUUAUAUUAAGUUCUAACAAUAAGGUAAAGGGGAAACUGGAAACUGACCUAUUUAAACUAUGACCUAUUUAAACUAUGACCUAUUUACAACCAUUUGUAAUGGUCCUUGUCACCUUCCUUCCCGUAGCCCUCUAUCCUACAUGUUGCCUCUCCUUUUCCUUCCUGUUGUUAGUUCUCUUUGAUGUCUGUAUGUCUGGACUCACACUAACCUCUGGCCACUCCUCCUCUUGUACACACAAGGUGGCUGAUCACUAGUUAUUGUAGAUCCAGCAUGUCUCUUUUAACCCCAUUUAUUGUAGAUCCAGCAUGUCUCUUUUAACCCCAUUUAUUGUAGAUCCAGCAUGUCUCUUUUAACCCCAUUUAUUGUAGAUCCAGCAUGUCUCUUAAUCACAUUUAUUGUAGAUCCAGCAUCUCUCUUUUAACCCCAUUUAUUGUAGAUCCAGCAUGUCUCUUUUAACCCCAUUUAUUGUAGAUCCAGCAUGUCUCUUUUAACCCCAUUUAUUGUAGAUCCAGCAUGUCUCUUUUAACCCCAUUUAUUGUAGAUCCAGCAUGUCUCUUUUCAACCCAUACACACAGUAUAAAGCUGCUUAGGAUAUACUAGCUUUUAUAUGCGUCUGAAAGCCUUACAACAGUGCCUGGAGAUUAACUUGUAGAGAACUGAGUCCUAAAUCAUUUUGUGUUUCUUUAUUCGCUUGUUCGUUUUGUCAACUACUUGUUAAUUUUAAACACAUGAUCUGUGAAAAUGUAUGUUAACUUUUUCGUUGUGAUCCUCAGGUGAACGAUGUGAACUUUGAGAACAUGAGCAACGAUGACGCUGUGAGGAUCCUGAGAGAGAUCGUCUCCAAAACAGGGUAAGAACAGGACUGUGUUACAUUGCAGGAUUGUUAGAGAUAACCCAGAAAACAUUUCAAGAGAUGUUAAACUGUUGCGUAUGAACACAGUCACAGGUCAGGUCAGACAGUCAAAGGAUUUGACUAUUGAGUAAAUACAGGAUUUAAAGAUGAGCAAUGGUAAGACUCUGGUUGUUUUAGCAUAUCAGCGAUAUGCUGACUGAUUAGAUUGGAUAAACAGUGGUUUGACUUUCAAGCAGCUUCGGCAUUAUUGACUGUUGUAUAAUACAGACUAGUAUUUCUCUCCAUAAUCCUUCUAGUUCAACCAAACAUUUCUUCUUUUUUCCUAUCGUUUCCUCUUGUUCUUUUAACUGCACAGGAGCUAUAGAAGUGAGUAGAAUGUAUUGUAACUGACAGUCUCCCCAUGUGUCCUCCAGUCCUAUUAGUCUUACUGUGGCCAAGUGUUGGGACCCGUCUCCACGAAGCUACUUCACCAUCCCCCGGGGUAAGACACUUACCGAUGUUCCACCAACAACAGGUUAUUACCACUUACAAACAGGGCUCUCAAACUCCGCUGGAAACUCACGUUUUGAAACCAAAUAGUUUGUGCUUAUAAGUUAGAGCAGAAGUUUGAGCACAAACUAGCAAACUCACAGUAGAUGAUGGAGGUUAUGUGUUCUAACUGGCUGUGUGUGUGUUUGUGCAGCUGAACCAGUGAGGCCCAUUGACCCUGCUGCCUGGAUCUCCCACACAACCGCCCUGUCCGGACCCUACCCACACUACGGUAUGACCACACUAUGACCACACUCACACACAAACUACUGCAAUCACUAGACAUAGUUGCACUCGCACAGUCUUAGAAAGACCACAUACUGAACAUGUUGUCACUGACUGUCUGUGAAUGUGCUGUGUCUCAACCGCCUCUCCCCUUCAGAAUUUGACGACUUGCCGCUAUCUGCGAGUAAGACGGACAUGGCAACCAUCGUCAAGGUGAUGCAGCUACCUGACUCUGGUCUGGAGAUCCGAGACAGGAUGUGGUUGAAGAUCACCAUCACCAACGCUGUCAUCGGUGAGAGGGACUGGGGGACGCUGACUACCACUAAUACUGUAUAUGCCAUUUAAAUAGACUAAAUUAAGGGUUUUAUGUUGGACUUAAAACAGCAAUUACAUCCCUUACUGUUAGUUUAAUUGUGACGCCUGUGCAAUACAUUUUAUUGAUAUUGUCGGCAUAACAUCUACUUACAUUGAUUGAUGUGGUGUGGUUAGUGCUAUCAAUAUUAUAGUACAAUAGAAUCAUAUGAGUGUUUGCUGUUGUAGUGCAGACUACAGUCUUCUUAACCAGUGUGUUGUUGCUGUGUCAGGUGCUGAUGUGGUGGACUGGCUCUACUCGAGGGUGGAGGGCUUCAAGGACAGGAGAGAUGCCAGGAAGUAUGCCAGCAGUCUGCUGAAACAUGGCUACCUGAGACAUACUGUCAACAAGAUCACCUUCUCUGAACAGUGCUACUACACCUUUGGAGACCUCUGCCAAAGUACUGUCACUGAGCCACUUUGGCAAGAAUAUAUUAUGUACUGUAUAUUAUUAUAAGAUGUGUAUUAUACCUGUGUUAAAUGUACUGUAGAGUCCAAAGUCAGUGUUUUCUUUUUACCUCAUAGUAGAUGUCACUAACUCUGUCUGUCUGUCUGUCUGUCUGUCUGUCUGUCUGUCUGUCUGUCUGUCUCUCUGUCUCUCUCUCUCUCUCUCUCUCUCUCUCUCUCUCUCUCUCUCUCUCUCUCUCUCUCUCUCUCGCUCGCUCUCGCUCUCGCUCUCGCUCUCGCUCUCUCUCACCAGACAUGGCGUCUCUCAACCUGAAUGAGGGUUCCAGUGGAGGGGGCUCUGAGCAGGACACCCUGGCCCCCCUCCCUCCCCCUGCCACCAACCCAUGGCCCCUGGGGGGCCAGCCGUUCCCUUGUCCCCCCUUCCCCUCCGCACUGCCAGGCUUCCCACCAGGCUACUCAGACCCCUGCCAUAGUUUCCACAGUGGGAGUGCAGGCAGCCACAACAGUGAGGGUGAGUCUGCAGGUCAGGGCUACUAACACUGACAUCCUUAUCAAUAAAAAUGACUAGAAACUUUAUUUGUUUUUAUUUAUAUUUUAGAGGAAUUGUCACAUGACAUUAUGACUGUUACUAUUCAUGACAGCUAAUGUCAACUGUUCACAAAGUAUUGUAUUUAAAUUCCAUAAGGAAUGUGCCAUUUCAGGUUAGCCUGUUUGGCAUGCUGGGAAAUUAAGUUGACGUAAGAUGACAUGCACACAGACUAAGGACUUUAUCCACUUAUGGCAGAUUUUUGCUAGCAUGAACAUAUCAAAUGAGGUCACACCCUCUGAUCAAUAUUGAAUGCUCCUAUGUUUGAUAGCAAAAUGACACAUUACAGUGCUAUGUUGCUGCUGCACUGUUUGUAAUUGUGGCGACAUAGCACUGCACUGAGGGAGAGUGGAAUCAGGCUGGUAUGAUAAUAACUAGUCAAUAUGGAGGAUAGUUUCUCUUUUGUUUUACAUUUGUCAUCCUAGUGCUCUUCAGUCUGAUUUCCAGCUUCUGUUCAAAUCAACAAGAAAUCAAUCAUCCAGAUGUUGUUAUUACAUACUUUUAGUCGUCUCUUUCAAAAGGAUUCCCAUUGCAUUCAAUCCUUAUUGUCCUGGAGUGUUCUGAAUGGCGGAGGUUUGAUACAGUAAUGAUACAGAGGAGGGAUCAGGACUAACUAUCAGUAGGACAGUUGUAGGACUGAGGGUGUGUUUACAUCUCCUCUGUAUCUUUUCCAUAAGUUGUUUUAUUCGGUUUGAUCUUUUACAGAGUGUCUUGAUUGACAUUUGCAGUUUCUUUAUUUGUCAAUUCCAGUUGGGCAUUUAUGUGUGUGUGUGUGUGUGUGUGUGUGUGUGUGUGUGUGUGUGUGUGUGUGUGUGUGUGUGUGUGUGUGUGUGUGUGUGUGUGUGUUGUGGUGUGUGUGUGAGAGAGAGAGAGAGAGGAGAGAGAGAGGGAGCGAGAGAGAGAGAUGAGAAGAGAGCGAGGAGGAGAGAGAGAGGAGGAGAGAGAGAGAGAGAGAGAGAGAGAGAGAGAGAGAGAGAGAUGUUGCCUGAAUACAUUUUCCAUGAGUAGUACAGUAUCUGAGGAUAUUUCAUUGCUCUAACUCAUCGUUCAGUGAGAGAGAUGUACAGAUUAGGCCACAGUUGGACCAGAACAGGAUGGGGGAUAGACUAGACUAGAGGUAGGUAGACUGGGUUAGACAGGUUAGGCUGGGCUGGGAAGUAACAGCCAUAGACUGGGUUAGACAGGUUAGGCUGGGCUGGGAGGUGACAGUAUUAGACAGGUUAGGCUGGGCUGGGAGGUGACAGCACUAGACUGGGUUAGACAGGUUAGGCUGGGCUGGGAGGUGACAGCAGUAGACUGGGUUAGACAGGUUAGGCUGGGCUGGGAGGUGACAGCAGUAGACUGGGUUAGACAGGUUAGGCUGGGCUGGGAGGUGACAGCACUAGACUGGGUUAGACAGGUUAGGCUGGGCUGGGAGGUGACAGCACUAGACUGGGUUAGACAGGUUAGGCUGGGCUGGGAGGUGUGUGUAACUCUGUUGUUCCCUCUGUUUCUGCUGGGCAACGGUAGACUGAUGGACCAGGUAGUCUCAGGACUCUGGGGAACCGGUAAGCUAACAGCUAACCCACUCUCUGCUACCUCUCUCCUUCUCUCUCUCCUUUUUAUCUCUCUCUCUAUAUAUAUAUAUCUCUCUCUCGCUCUCUCUCUCUCUCUCUCUCUCUCAAUCCAUCACUAUUAAUGUUUUAUCUUGCCUUCAGUCUUGCUCUUUGCGCUCUCCCCUCUCUACAUCUCAGUUUCUUUCUAUCUUACUCUCUCUCUUUAUAUAUAUACACUGCGUUCUCCUCAUACCAUAGCUUUUAAGGUUUUUGUUUCCCGUGUCUCUCCCUCUGAGUGUGUUGGUGUCCAUACUGUUUCUGCUCCUGCUCCUGUGUGACUCUCGUGACCGUCUGUUCUCCCUCUCUUAACCACAGGGUUGGUUGGUCCUGUGCUGCUAUAAUCUCAGACAGGUGCAUGAUUCAGGAUGAUCAAAUCAGGCAAAAGCUUGCACUAUCAUUCUCACUGAUAGGGGGCAAUCAUGCACCACUUUACCCAGUACUGUUGGGCUCAUUGCUUAUUGAAAGGAGGGGAAAAUGUUUGAUAAUGUGAUAAUAAUUAUGGUGAUGUUGUACACCUGUAUCAAUACGAUCAAUGGGCUCCCGAGAGGCGCAGCGGUCUAAGGCACUGCAUCUCAGUGCUUGAGGCGUCACUACAGACCACCUGGUUCGAUUCCAGGCUGUAUCACAACCGGCCGUGAUUGGGAGUCCCAUAGGGCGGCGCACAAUUGGCCCAGCGUCGUCCGGGUUUGGCCGGUGUAGGCCGUCAUUGUAAAUAAGAAUUUGUUCUUAACUGACUUGCCUAGUUAAAUAAAGGAAAUGGAAUGCUUUUUCUUUUAAAAAAUGAAUCAUGAAAGCACCAUUUGUGUUAAUAUUACCAAUGCAGUAUGUUCCAAUUUUUAAACGUGUUUUUGAUGGAGGUGUAUCGUUACAUUUGCCUUUGACUGUUGGCAAUUAAGGGCCUGAUUCAAUCAGAUCUGCUUUAGCCGAAAUCCGCAUAGCUGAUGUUCUGACGGUGUCUGAGGUGGAACUGUGUUAGAGCUGUCAAAUCCACAACGGCUCCCGGCAUUAUACCUAAAGCGGACAUUGCCAUUGGCUGCACGGAGUCACAUUGACAGAAAUCCCAUGAAAUCUUGUCAACAACUCAAUUAGGAUGAUAGAAAUCCUCAUUAUUUCAUUUAAUUAUUUUUUAUUUGAGCGUCAUUAUUUCUAUAUAGCCUACACUUUCUCACUCUGAACUUGUAACGCAAGUGGGGCGGGUAUGACUGCCUGAAAAUGAUCACAAGAGAAGCUGCUCACCGAUUUUACAGCUCCAACGCAGUUACACCUACGACAUCGCCAAAACAUCAGCUAUGUGGCUGUUGGCUAUCGCCGGUUAAAGCUUACACUGAUAGAAUAUAGGCCUAGGUCUGUAAUGUGGAUGAGAAUUAUAAUGAAUGUCCAACCUCCAUGAUUAUCAUAGCAAUGGCAACCAAUUCAGCCAACGGUUCAAAAUCAGUAAUAAGAAGCUGGUGAGUUGGAGCUGCUGUUGUGUGUCUGGUGUGGUUUUCCAGGUGUGUGGCUGCCAAGCUGAUGUGUGUGUCCCUCUCUCCUCUCCUAGGAAGCAGAAGCAGUGGAUCCAACCCCAGCGCAGGGACAGGGACAGGGAAGGGCCCUGGCCGACACUCCUCCCCACAAGAGACGGGUCACAGGUCCACAUGCAGUGAAACCGAGCCACCGGGCAUCCGAGGGGCGAGGCGCCCUGGCGAUAGGUCCGCCAGCCAGCUGAGUCAUCACAGUCAUCACAGCAGCCACGCCCACUCAAGUCACAGCCACGCCCUCUCUGGUUUCAGCCACGCUCAGUCUCACAGGAGUCACUGUCACUCACAGAACAGCCACGCCCACAGCCACAUAUCCUUCACCUACAAACACGCCCCUUUCACCAAGCCUGGGCCCGGCUCGUGUGGCCACAGCGAGCGAAGCCACGCCUCCUCCUACGGCCCCCCCGGCUUGCCCCCCCCAUACUGCCUGGCCCGGCUGGCCCCUAAGACCGUCAGCAGCAGCACCCCUCCCGGGGCCCCCCCGGUACGGGAGCUAGGAGCCGUCCCCCCUGAGCUCACGGCCAGCCGCCAGUCCUUCCAGCACGCUAUGGGCAAUCCCUGCGAGUUCUUUGUUGACAUCAUGUGA